AUGACGCAUGCGUCUAUUAACCUCGACUUGAACGACGAUGAAUCCAUCAAAGCCGCUGCCAAAACCGCCGCAGCUGGCAUGCUGCAAUACUAUACAGGUGACCAUCCCGGUGAUGUACCAGGAAACAUCCCCGACCCAUAUUACUGGUGGGAAGCCGGGGCGAUGUUCGGCGCAAUGGUCGAAUACUGGUACUACACUGGUGACGACAAGUGGAACGAGAUCACCACCCAAGCCCUGCUUCACCAGGUAGGCGACGACAAUAAUUACAUGCCGCGGAAUCAGACUCUGUCGCUCGGAAACGACGACCAGAUCUUCUGGGGCUUUGCGGCGAUGUCGGCUGCCGAGCUAAAAUACCCCGAUCCACCGAAAGGCCGGCCGCAGUGGCUAUCGCUUGUGCAGAAUGUGUUUAACUCGCAGACUACACGCUGGGAUGAUACAGCUUGUGGUGGCGGUUUGCAUUGGCAGGCGUUUGAACAUAACAAAGGCUGGUCGUAUAAGAAUACUAUCUCCAAUGGUGGGCUCUUUAACGUCGCCGCCCGAUUGGCUAGGUAUACUGGGAAUGAUACGUUCACACAUUGGGCCAACAAAAUCUGGGAUUGGACAGAUGCGGUGGGCUUCAUUGGCAAGGAAUACCAUAUAUUUGACGGCGCCGACAUUUCAACCAAUUGUUCCGUCAUCAAUUAUAACCAACAUGCAUAUCUGCCUGCGGUGUAUCUCCACGGGGCUGCAAAUAUGUAUAAUAUUACAGACGGGUCAGAUGUCUGGAGGAAGCGGAUAGAAGGCAUUAUCAGCGCACUGGGUACCUUCUUCCCAAACAACGAGGAUAUAAUGGCCCAGCCCUGUGAAAGAGGAAAAUGCGACCUCAACUCACGGUCUUUCAAAGCCUAUCUGGCACGAUUCAUGGGGGCAACAAUUCCAUUAGCACCAUUCACCGACGAGCUAUUGCGGCCGAAAAUCCAAACGUCAGCAAUGGCUGCUGCAGAACAAUGCAAUGGCCCCGAUAAUGCCUGCGGGUUGAUCUGGACCGAUCACAUGAAUUAUAAGAGCACUACUGGGAUCGGCGAGCAGAUGGCUGCGUUGGAGAUCUUCAAGGCGAAUUUGGUACAUACAGUUAAGGCGCCUGUGACAGAGAAGAGUGGAGGCACAAGUAAGGGGAACCCAGGUACUGGUGAGGACGAUGGGUCAGAAGAUACAAAGCAAAAUGAUAUUCGAACUCGGACAAUUGCAGGUAGUGAUAAAGCUGGUGCGGGUAUCCUUACUGUGUUGGCAGUUUUGGUUCCUAUCGGUGCCGCUGCGUUCAUGUUCAUGUCCAUAUAG